AGUGCGCAUGCGCGUGUCGAAGGACGCUGCAUUUGCCAAGGAAACGGAGUGAGAAACAGAGGGAGAGAGAGAGAUAGGGAGGGAGAGGGGCUGCUUUCCAGACAGACUGAGAGAGGCACUGACGGCCUCGGGCCGCCGAGAACAUGCCCCUGCAGUUUAAGGGUUUAAGUGAAUACAAAAGAAAUUUCAAAUGGAACGACUCCAAGAGAUCACGCUCUUGUAGUCCCUUUUCUAAGCAAAAAGUACCAUGGGCAGGUCUGCCCUCAGAGCAGCUGGGGAAUACAAGAGAACCAAAUUUUAUCUCAAAGAAACGAGUGUCAUAUUAUAGACCUCAAGUUUCGCAAUCUUUUCACUGGGACUGGAGCAGUGAUUAUGGAAGCAAACCUCAUAAACCAAUGCUCAGAGAAUCUGAACUAGUGAAAUCACAGUCUUCUGUUUUCAAUGAAAGAGUGACUGAGAAGGCUCAAGGUAACCAGAAAGAACCUAAAACUCCUAAUGCUCCUCGAAAGCCUAAAAUUGCCAGAUCAAGGUCUGCGGACAGCCAUUUGCAUUUAGCGUUAGAACCAUCACUGACCAAAGACAAACAAUUGGCUACAGAUGCUCAGAAAGAAAAGGAAGACAACACACCUAGAAAAGAGGGUGCAGAUAAGGCAUUUAGCAAUGAUGUUAGCUAUGCACUUCAGAAGAAAGCAGGGUUGAAGACUGCACCACGGAAAAGUUUAGCAAGAAGCUCGGAGUAUCAGAGACAAUUUGCUCGGAAAAGUCAGUUGGACAAUUCUCCAUUACUGGCUGCAGAGCAGAUUAUUCACACCAGAAAUAAGCAUGUUUCUCAAUUUAAAUUGGGUAAGAUGCUCAGUGAAACAGAAUACUCAAGUCAGUAUAAAGGUUUGCAGCUACCUAAAGGACCACGCUUCCGUAAAGACUUUGAAGCUUUACCGUUUGAACAGGAGAAUCUUUCCCGACAAAAGUCAACAGGAUCAACCUCAAAAGACCAGCGACAGGAUACAGAGGAACAAGUAUUUCAAGAGCAACAGCUUCCAAACCAACAGAAUCCACAGAAACCUGUUUUCUCAUGCAAAGGGCUUAAAAACAUUAAGUCUGAAUACAAGACUAACUUUCAGCCUCCAGGUCAGUAUGACUACAGAAGAGGAACAUGCCGACCUGCAGAGGGUACUGAAAGUAACCUAAAUUCUAAUUGGUAUGCUGAGGUGAAAGAACUUAGAGAGAAAGCCGAAGCAUAUAAGAGGAGAGCACGGGGCACUCACUUCUCCCGGGAUCAUCUCACCCAAAUUCUGUCUGAACAAAAUAAGUUAUGGGAGGUGUCCUCGACAUCUGAUACUGAAGAAUCAGUCAGUGAUAAUGUUGAAGCUCUGGAUCUUGCAAGAGCAAAAGAAACACAGAAUACUUUCAGCAGAGAGAGACAAGAGAUGCACUCUGACUCUGUAGCACAAGUUACUACAUUACCACUGAAUGCCUCAGCAAAAUACAAUGAUACAGGACAGAAUGGUAUGCCAGAUGUUCGUACUCUUCCAGUCAGCAGGAAAUUGGCAUGGAAUGAUGAAGAAGAGAAGCCAUGUGGAGCAGAACUACCAGAAGACAAUCAAGAACAAAAUUAUGAAACUGAGAAGGAGAUGGAAGUUGAGGGAAAUGCAGAAAUGGAAGCAGUUGUUGAAAGAGAACCAGCCCCUGUAAGCAUACAAGAGAUGGCAACAGUAAAGUCAGAAUCAAAUGAACAAUCCGAGCUUGGUUCUGACGCCGGUGGGCGACUGCCUACCCCAAAGCUGAAGACAACUGGUGGAGCCCAGAGGACACAUCAUGAUCUGACCACACCAGCUAUUGGGGGUGCUGUUUUAGUUUCUCCUUGUAAAAUCAGAUCACCAUCACCCCAUCGUAGAAGGACCCAGCCUCCAUUGGGAAAACAAUAUUCGCCCUAUAAAUAUUUAUCAGAAUCACCGAGCAAAAUGCUAAGAAAGACUGAAUCACUCCAACAGUCCCCAGCAGCUGGUGUUAAGACUUCUGACCCAAUACCUUUGAGGGAAGAAUAUGGACCUGCAGCUUUCAAUAGCCUAUCUCCUGAAAAGACUGAACCUUCCAUUCUAGCAUCAGCGAAAUCUCAUCCCGUUUUUAAUCCAAAAUGUGCUUCAGUCACUGUUGCACCAUCUUGGAGCUGCCCUCAUCGGAUACAAGGAACUCUUAGACAUCCGGAAUUCCAGCACAAUGGCAAUACUGGAGGGCUAAGGACCAGUCUGCUGAGGAUACAAUCAACAGACCCAGCUGCUGCUGAUAAUGAGGAUGAUCGAAUGUCACAAAUAUCUGCACGAUCAGCAGCAUCCAGCUCACUCGCCUCUCAAGUUCUUGAGCGUGCUCAGAAACGGAGAGAUGAUUUCUGGGGCAAGAGCCCAUGAGCUAAACUUUAAAUGGUGUUUAUUCCUAGAAGGACUUUUAGGUUUUGCUAAGGAUUUGACUUUUUUUUAAACCUGAGAAAUGAAUCCACUUCAACUUUGAAUACGAAUGUCUCUUUAUAUGUUAAUUGUUAUACUUCUUCUGUCUAUUUAUUAUUUAAAAUUUGUUUGAUUUAUAUUGACCCAUGCGUGUUCAUGCUGAGAGCUAAGAUUCAAGUUUGAUGUUUGCCAAUAUUUUACUGUAAAAUACAUUAUUUAAUGUAUAAGCUGAUUUCUACACAGUUAAAAAAAUUGAAUGAAUGUGUAUGCAGCAAUUUUAAUGAAUUUUUAAAAAAAAUAAGUUUUAAAACAAUGAAUUCAUGGGAUGUAAAUGUCUCUGGCCAAGUCAGCAUUUAUUGCUCAUCUCUAAUUACUCUUGAGAAGGUGCUGGUGAAGCACCUUCUUGCACUGUUGCAGCCCAUGUGGUGAUGCAAUGGUAAGGGAAGGAGUUCCAGGAUUUUGACCCAAUAACAAUGAAGGAAUGACGGUAUAUGUUCAAGUUAGGUUGUGUGUGACUUGGAGGGGAAUUUGCAGGUGGUGUUGUUCUCAUGCACCUGCUGGCCUUGUCCUUCUAGAUGGUAGAGGUCAGAGUUUGAGAAGUACUAUGAAAAGCCUUGGUGCGUUGCUGCAGUGCAUAUUGUAGCCAUGGUGCACUGAUGGUUGUGGGGAAUGGGGUGCCAAUUAAAAAAGGGUUGCUUUGCCCUUAAUGGUGUUGAGCUACUUUGAGUGUCGUUGGCACUGUACUCGUCCAGGCAAAUGUGCCUUAUAGAUAAUGGGAAGACUUUGGUGAGUCAGGAGGUGAGCCAUUCAGCACAGAAUACCCAGCCUCAGACCUGCUUUUGUAGUGAUGGUAUUUAUGUGACUGCUCCAGUUUCGGGUCAACGGUUGACCUCCCAAGAUGUUAAUAGUUGAAGAUUUGAUGAUGGUAAUGCCACUAGUCGUCAAGGGGAGGAGGCUAUACUCUCUCUUGGAGAUAGUCAUUACCUGGCACUUGCAUGGCAUGAAUUUAACUUAUCAAUGAUCAACCAAGCCAGAAUAUUGUCCAGGUCUUGCUGCAUGUGGGCAUGAACUGCUUCAUUAUCCGGGGAACUGUGAUUGAAACUGAACACUGCAUUAAUCGUAAAUAGCCCCACUUCUGACUUUAUGAUGGAAGGACAAUCAUUGAUGAAGCAGUUGAAGAUGAUUGGGCCUAUAACAGCAGGAACUCCUGCAAUGAUACCUUGGGGCUGAGCCGAUUGGCUUCUAACAGCUGCAACCACCUCCUUCGUGUUAGGAAUAACUCUGGCCAGUGGAAUGCUUUGCCCAAUACUUACUGACUUCACUUUUACUAGGGCUCCUUGAUGUUACACUCCAUCAAAUGCUGCCUGAAUAGCAAGGAUAGUCAAUCUCACCUCACCUGAAAUAGCUAUUGAGAUUCUUGAUUUAGGUAAGGCUGACUUAAUGGAAAGAGUCAGAGGUUAGACACUAUAACCUGGGAAAAUCUGUUAAUGAGUAAAAUGAUAACAAAUCAGUGGGGGUGUUCAAAAAAUAAUUUCACGUGAUGCUGAACCAGUUCGUACUCCUAAAAGGGCAAGAAUUCUACUUGCUAAAAAAGACAGCCAUGGACAACUAAAGCGUGAGAAAAAAUAUAAAACUGAAGGAAAAAUCAUACAAAAAUGCAAAGCUAGCAUAGCUUCUGGCAAAUGGGAAAGAUGCAAAGGAAGAUAGAUAGUAAGAGCUACAAAAUGGGAGUUUGAAAAGAAACUUGCAAGAGGUAUCAAAAUUAAUACAAAAUACUUUUACAGUUAUAUUAGCAAAAGGUGGAUGGCCAGAAGCACUAUAGGCCUCUUGAAAACUUACUGUUUUGUUACUAAUGAUAAGGGAAUGGCAGACAUACUGAAUAAUUACUUAGAAUCGGUAUUUACCAUUGAAGAAAAGAUUCAAGAAAACUAUGAAACGGGCUCAACAAAAUUAAUGUAAACUUGACCAUACAAACGGGAGAAAUUAAUUGCCCAAAAGAGCAAUAAAUGCCCAGGACUGGAUGGUUUCUGGUCUGAGAUUUUAAAAGAAAUGGGUGAGAAUAUUCAGUGCCCCAAGUAUAAUCUAAUAAAGUUCUUUUGUUUCAAGGACUGGCCUUUAGAUUGGAACAUUGAGCAUGCUGCUAUGCGAUGUAAGAAUGAUGAGAGAGGGAAACCAGGGGAUUAUAGACCAGUUAGCGUAAUAUCUGUUGUAAAAAUUUAGCUAGAAUUUAUAAUUAAGGAUAGGGUGAUUGAGCACUUGAAAAUUUUCAGCUGAUCAGAGUGAGCUAGCAUAAAUUUGUAAAAGGUAAGUCAUGCCUUAUGACUGUCAAAUAAAGUUGAAGCCCAUGGAAUUGAAAGAAAAUUACUAACCUGGUUAGAAAGUUGGCUGAGCGGUAGGGGACAGAGGAUUGAGAUAAUGGGCAGGUACUCUAACUAGCAGGAUGUGAUUAAUGGUGCCCUACAAGAAUCUGUGCGGAGGCCACAACUAUUCAAUGUAUUCAUCGAUGACUUAGAUGCGGGAUAGAAAUCCACAUUUCCAAAUUUUAUGAUGACGCAAAAGUAUCCUGUUUCGUAGGUGGUGUAGAUGGAAGUAUAAAAUUACAAAGAGCUAAUGAUAGAAUAAGUGAAUGAACAGAACUGUGGCAAAUUGAUUUCAAUAUAGGCAAAUGUGAGGUCAUCCACUUUGGAUUUAUAAAGGAUAGAACGAAAGCUGCACCUGCAAUAUGAAGAAUGGAAGUGAGCAAUUUGCACCAAUAGUGGCAUCCAACAGCUGCAAUGUUAAGGUAACCAGUGCUAGAACCACUUAAAAAAAAAAGUACUGAUAGACUGCUGUGUGACCAUUUACAUUUUGACAAGAACUGACAAGAACUUUUUCAGUAAUUAACAUGUCAGGAACAAUGGAGGCUAUUAAACAGAGCUGAUAUUCAUGGGCAGAGUUCUAAUUUUCCUAAUUUAAUUGCUGUUUAAAAUAGAAUUGCUACUGUACCCCUUGGUGUAGCAGACAAGACACAAAACAGCUCCAGUCCUAUCAAUGCUGGAAUCCAAUGCCGAAUUUUGCUGUUAUGUGUGAUUUAUAUUGUGGGACUUUUAUUAAACUGCUGCUUACUGUUGACUAUUUA